AGAAAAUAGGCGGACGUUACGUCAUUUCCGUUAGUGUGCUACAAAAAUGAUAUGACGUCGCAAUGAAUGUAAAGCCACGCUUUUAUACUUUGAUGUGUUAGUCGUUCGUUACUUAAAUGUAAUGCUAACUAACACGCGGCAAACUUUUGACCACUUCCGCCAUCGGCAAAGCCAACUUUGGAUUCAACUUGGAGGAAGUUGGAGACGAGUGACCCGCCAAAAAAAAAGCUAGCGAGGUUCGUGACCAUUUUGUUUCUUUGGAGUGAGCAACAAUGAGCGGCUUCAACUUCGGCCAGCCCACCGGGGGCUUCACUUUCGGGGCUCCGAACACGACAGCCACGGCGGCGCCCACCGCAGGCUUUGGUCUGCCGUCGGCCGCGCCAGCAGCAGCAGCAGCAGCCGCCGCCGGAGGUGGCUUCACUUUCGGGUCAGCCCCCCAGAUGGGUGCCAGUAACCCCACCGGCGGCUUUAGCUUCGGUACCCCGGCAAAGACCACCGUGCCCAGCGGCAGCCUCUCGUUCGGGACCCCCACCACCACCACCUUUAGUCUGGGCUCAACCCCGCAAACCACAACCGCGGCACCGGGUGCAGGUCUCACGCUGGGCUCCGCCGCCGCGGCCCCGGCUGCGCCUUCAGGGUUCGGCCUGAUCCCAGGCUUGACGGCCCCGGCUGGAGGAGGCUUCUCUUUUGGCGGUGCUGCCGCCCCGCUUCAGCCCCAACCGACAGCGCCACCUGCGAUGGCAACAGCCGCCCCUGCAGCUGCACCUGGCGGGGUCUCAUUCGGAGGCUUCAGCUUCGGCGGCACCAAGGUCCAGGUUACCACAGCCGCACCCACCGCUGCCGUCCCAGGGGGAGGCUUUGCUUUUGGCUCCACUGCUCCCUCAAACCUCACCAUGGGUGCCCCGCCUGCCGCCGCCGCCACAGGGGGAGGCUUUGCUUUUGGCUCCACUGCCCAACCAAACCUUACCCUGGGCGCCCAGCCUGCCACCACCACUGCACCCUUAGCUGCUUUGGGUGGAGGUUUCGGCAUGGGGAUCAAACCCUCAUCCACCCCAGCGCCCCCCGUAACCUCCCAGGCUGCGUCAUCAAUCGCCCCCUCUCUUUUUACGACCCCCGCCGCCACAACCGCCCCUGCAGCUGGAUCUGGCUUUUCUUUCGGUGCAGCUCCAACUUCGACUGCAGCUCCCGCGACCGCCGCCGCCACCACCACCGCAGCCAGUGGAGGUCUGUCGCUUACGCUCAAGCCUCUGGGAGCGGCAACCGCCACCUCCAUUGUCGCUCCAGUCCCCGCAGCCACGACCGGGUCCUCCACCACGGGCUUCUCGCUGGCGGUCAAACCGCAGUCCAUCACGAGCGCCGCCGCCGCCACCACAGCCCUGACUACAGCGGCCAUCGCCCUCGCAACCGCCGCCCCCGCUGUGAUGACCUACGUGCAGCUGGAAGGUCUCAUAAACAAGUGGAGCCUCGAGCUGGAGGACCAGGAGAGACAUUUCCUGCAGCAGGCCACUCAGGUCAACGCCUGGGACCGCAUGCUGGUGGAGAACGGCGAGAAGAUCACGUCCCUGCACAAGGAGAUGGAGAAGGUAAAGCUGGACCAGAGGAGGCUCAACCAGGAGUUGGACUUCAUCCUGUCUCAGCAGAAGGAGCUGGAGGACGUGCUGUGUCCACUGGAAGACACGGUGAAGGAGCAGAGCGGCACCAUCUACAUGCAGAACGCGGACGAGGAGCGCGAGAGAACCUACAAGCUGGCGGAGAACGUGGACGCGCAGCUCAAGAGGAUGUCUCAGGACCUGAAGGAGAUCAUCGAGCACCUGAACACGUCCAGCGGCCCCGCAGACACCAGCGACCCGCUCCAGCAGAUCUGCAAAAUCCUCAACGCCCACAUGGAUUCACUCCAGUGGAUCGACCAGAAUUCAGGGCUCCUGCAGAGACGAGUGGAGGAGGUGUCGAAACUGUGCGACAACCAGCGUAAAGAGCAGGAGAAGACCUUCCGUUUAACCUUUGACUGACCCGCACAAACAUUUUAUUGACAAAAAUGUCUCUUCGGUAUUUUUGUCAGACCAAAAGUGUUGAUCACUGUCUGUGUCGGCCUUCUUCUCACGUCCUUUUCAACGCAGCUCGCUUUUUCAUAGAUAACUGAAGAAAAGGUUUAAUGUCAUAAAAAAUAUUCAAGAAAUGUAAUGCAGGGUUUUCUCAGUGAAUAAAGCAACACCACGAUGGGCAAACAUGAAUUCAUUGACUGGCUAAAUCAGGGGUGUCCAAAGUGCGGCCCGGGGGCCAUUUGCGGCCCGCAGCUAAUUGUUUAGCGGCCCGCCACAUAUUCUGGAAAUGCUAUUGCAAAAUUUAAAAAUUAACAUAAAAAAAAAAUGGAAUGAGGUGAAAUCCAACAAGGAACAGUUGCAAUGUUGACACAAAGCUGCUAUGCAGGCUGUUUGUUUUUCUUUUGUCUUUCUUUGCUUUUUUUGCCAUUGCUCAAAAAAAAAAAAAUUCAAUGUUAUAAUCAAUUAUUGAUCUAUGCAAGGCUCCAAUUACUUCAAAUAUUUCACUUUAAAAUGUUUUAUGUGGAAAAUAUUGUGUUGCCAUAUAAAAACAAUGUUUUCUUUGACAUAAUAGCAUAAAACAAACAAAAUAAUAGUUCAAAUGUAAAACGGACAGAUGUAUCUGAAGUUGAUCUCGUAAUUUAAGUGUUGAAAGUAAAAAAAAUAUACGAUAAAAAUGUAUCACUUUAUGAGUGGGGGACCUUUUGGAUCCCAAAUGUAUUUAAUGGAAUUUUAUUGAUCUUUUCACUGUGAUUAAUGAAAAAUAAUAAUACAUUAAAAUCAAUGGUGUCCUGCAUUAUUGAUCUUUUUAGGGCUCCAAUUACUUCACAUCAAACAUUGCUUUCUGAAUGUUUUGGGCGGUGGGGAAAAAACUGCAUAUUUCAGUUUUACUAUAAAAAAACAAAGUUGUCUGACAGAAAAGGCAUAAAACCUUUUUUUUUAAUGUUAUAUCAACCUGAAGUUGAUAUAGAGAUUUACUGUAGGCGUUAAAUAAAUAAUAAUAAUAAUGUGACUUAUUUUUAACAUUUUAAUGACUGAGACCCUUUAUAUUUAUAUAUUUUGUUAUGAUUUGAAAAUGAAAAAUAUCAAAAUGGCCCCCGCAUGCUUUAAUUUUUCAGUGUGCGGCCCUCAAUAGAAAAAGUUUGGACACCCCUGGGCUAAAUGAACUAAAACAUCACUAAGUAUUAUUAGCCACUAAUCAGAUCAUGCUGUUCAGUAUGGUGGCCACUGAUUGGUUCAGCCUAAAACAGCAGGACUUUAAUGGAUUAAGUGACUAAAGGAUGAUGUUUCAUGCCAAGAAGGCUCUUAUGUUGAAAAAUGUAUUUAGUAGGUUGAAAUCAGUUUUUUAUGCUCUGGCUAUUAAGAUAUUUGAUCUGUAAUUAAUAAUAAUUCACUGUGAUGUUUGGAACCAAUUAACAGCGAUAAACGAGGGAUUACUGGAUAUGUCAUUUUUAGCAAAUUAUAUUAGGUCAUGCUUGGAUGCCUAAUACCAGAAUUAGUUAAUUUGUGGAAAAGUAAUAGCAACAUUAAAGCUGAAUAUCAUUCUAAAAACAAAAAUUUUGACAUUGUAAACAUUCAUUUAAACAAUGUUUAUUGAACAUUCAAAUGUAACACAUUCCUGAAUAAUUUUACAAUUUUUUAAUUUUUUUUUGCAGCUAUCCUGCCUUAAGCUUCCUCACAAAAAAAGAGAAUCACUUCAGUGACAAUGCUACCAUGAUGCAACAAUAAUUACAAAACCAGCAUCUUGAGAGUUGCCAUGAAGUAUUUCUACAGUCACCAUGAAUGAAAAAGUACAAAAAUCCUGAAUAAUUAAAUGUAAAAACUGUGCCUUCUCUGUAUGGGUUUUCAAAUGAUGCAAGGUUUUAAAGAGACAGUACCCCUGUUUUUAUACAGACGUUGGUCCAGUGCAGGCAAAAAACUAAGCAUCUUUGGCUCAAUUUAUCAAAAAAUAAAUAUACAAUAUGCAGAAAUAUAUACAAAAAUCAUCUAUACAGUGUUGAAAGACUAACAAAAACAUGUUGCAUUGAAUUUUACACCUGCACAAUCUAAUGACUACCUGGAGCUCUUGUACUCGACAAGUGUCCACUAAUUUAAGACAAAUAAGUUGAUUAGAAGUCGUUUUUUAAGAAUAGCUUUCAUUGUCGACCCACGUUGUCGACCACUGCUUCUUCUCAAAAGGGUCCAGCUUGACUUUGCCGUCCGGGCAGUGAGGAGACUCCUUUCGGAUGCGCACGGCGUGGUACUGGGGAACGAUGUUGUCUUGCUUGGAGCGUUUAAAGAAUCCACACUGGAUGAAGGAAAUAAUUCCCAAAAUAGAUAUUAGUUGAAUACAAUAACUGUGCAAAAAGACUGUUAAGCAUGCGUUUACAAAAUCCAAGCAUCAAAAGCAUUUUGUGACACGUUUUGCAGAAAUUCGUGUUGCUGGUGUGCAAUACGUGUCAAGUUAAAUCCGUGCGUGAAGCUGCAGGGUGAGUUCAUUAGUGGCUGCGCAUGCUCAGGGCUAUUUAUUUUUAUUUAUUUUUUUUACCCAUGCUCAAGAGCACAUAAUCAGGCCUCGGCAGAGAGCUUGUCUUUGUCAGAGGGCUGAACAUGGAUCUCAGCCUUGUGAUAGGCCGCGUCGUAAUCGUCUUUGGACGCUCUCUUGAAGAAACCACACUGAGAGGAGGGAGGAGCAAUCAACUGUUAGCCAAACUAAAAUGAAGGAUGUAUUCGACAUAGGAAACCAUGACUGUAUUUCUCACUGUCGCUUUAUUUAAAGGAAUGUUGUUCUAACAAUGUUUGUGACAAACAAGUAUGAGAGAAAUAAAAAUCUAUUGUUUUUGCUCCA